UACCGGAACGUUAAACGGUUUCUCUGCUUUCUUGCCGUAAGGAACUCGAAGUGACAACUUCCGUUUCCGGUCGGGCUGCAGCUGGGGGUUUGAAUUUUGAGUGUCCUGAGAGGUCAGAUUGCCAUCAGGUUCCGAUUAUUAAUGGAUGUUUGCAGCUGUUUCUUCUCAUUUUGAGUCGCGCCACAUCAGCAGAUGAAGAUCCCGAAAGCUUUACUCCAUCCACGUCAUUAAGGCAUGGUGUGAAGAAACCAAGACAUUAUCAUGCCAGUUAAAGGCUUCUAAAGGCCUUUCUUUUGUAAUAAUGUAUUACCUUAUUUUUGCAUAAAUAACUCCUUCCACCUUUGUUUGCCAACCAUGCCCUCUCCCUCCUCCCUCCCCCAGGUAUCUUUUCCUAUAGACAUGGCCUCUGGACAUGGACAAGAACAUGGCCAUGGACAUGAACAUGGCCAUCAUAAAAUGGAACUUCCGGAUUAUAAACAAUGGAAGAUAGAAGGGACACCAUUACAAACUGUCCAGGAGAAGCUGGCUGCACGAGGGCUAAGGGAUCCAUGGGGCCGCAAUGAAGCUUGGAGAUACAUGGGUGAAUUUGCAAGCAAUGUUUCCUUUGUUGGUGCACUAUUAAGAGGAUUCAAAUGGGGAUUUGCUGCGUUUGUGGUAGCUGUAGGAGCUGAAUAUUUACUGGAGUCCCAGAAUAAAGAAAAGAAGCAUCACUGAAGAUAAUACCUGAAAGUAUCUUAGUGGCUUAUUAACUGUCUUAUAAAAAUAAGAUUUCUGUACCCUAACCUAAGGUGUUUGUCCAUUAAAUAAUACUAGUAAGAUUUAGUAAAAUAAGAAAACUUAAACCAGUGUCUUUUGUCGUUCUUUAAAAAGAACAAAACAGUGUCUCAAGCCAUAUCAGAUUUGGUUUGGAAUAAAUGGGGUGUUAGGUACCAGCAGCAAUGCAUUCUGCAUGUAGUAGACAGCAAGCCAGCAGUUAUUUGAUGGAACAAAUGGAUAUGCUCUAAUCGAUUUUUAAAUGGGAGUUGGCCUUACUUCUUUUACCAUCCUCUUUAGGAAGCAUAGAGGGACCUAGAUUGUAUUAUAAAAUACUUGCUGUCCAGUUCUGGUUGAGAUAUCCAUGUAUCAUAUUCAUUUUUCUUUGUUGUGGUAUUUCCUACUCUUCCCUGAGUACAUUGUUCCCAUGUCUUCCAUGUCUUGAAGAACUUGACAUUUUUUUCCUUACAUAUUUCUCAUAAUAAACUAGAUAUUCUCCCCCAUCAUCAAAUUUUUAGAAUUUAAUUAAUUGAAUCUCUAGAGUUGAGAUUUAAAGCAGCUUCUUAAGGAAGAUUAAUAUUUUUUGCUUGAAUAAUGAAGGUAAUAUCAAACUCCUGAAAGAUUUUUUUCUUUGUAACAUCCUUGGUUAUAAAUGUAAACUCAAGUAAUCACUAAAUAAAUAAGACAAAGGUGAAUUCUUUAUAAGCUGAUAGUGAUAAAUGCAAUUUGGAAAAGUGAAAUUUAAAAAAAUCCAAAAGAAGUUAAUGACUUAAAAAAAAAAAGAUGAAAGUCUUAAAAGGACAGUGGGACAAAUGGAAGUAGCAAGAUGGUAUAUUUAAACUUAAUCAUAUCAAUAAUGUAAAUGGUCUACAGUUCAAACUAUAAAACAUCCCAAUUAAGAGACAUCUUGAGCAAAAACGAAAGGCCCAACUAUAAGCUGUCUACAAGAAAACCACUUUAAAAACAGUAAAAGGAUAGAAAACACUAAUGAAACACGGAUGCAGACACCAAUGAAAAGAAAGUUGGAGUGGCUGUAUUAAUAUCAGUGGAUUUUAGGACAAGGAAUAUCAGCUGUGGUAUUUAAAGAGGAACUUUUCAUGGCAAUAAAGGGAUGAGUUAAUGGGAACAGAAACCUUAAAUGUAUAUGUACAUAGUGUGUAAAUGUAUGCACAGAGUUUCAAAAUACAUGAAACAAAAAUAGAACUAAAAGGAAAAAUAGAGAAGUUCACAAUUGUAGUUGCAGAUUUCAACACCUCUUUCUAGUAACAGACAGAAAGUUAGUAAGGUUAUUGAAGACUUGAGUAAGGCAGUUCCACAGGAUUAAAGUAACUCAACUCCCAGAUGAUUGUAAGUUCCAGAGUUAGAUUUUGGAUCCAGGUCUGAUGCCACAGCCCACAGUAACUGCAUUACCUGCUGUGAUAAAUACUAUGUCGUAGAAUUAUCCUUUCUGAAUCUUUUCUAAGAGCUACUUUGUAAUUAUACCUGAAGUAAACAGAAGGGAUUUUUUAAAAAUCUAUCGAGUAUGGCAUGUAAUAUUUUGUGAAAAACUAAUUUUACUGUAUACUUGUACUUUGAAGGGAGCUCUGUUUUGUUAUACUUUAUGAAACAAAGAUUCAGAUACUUCUUUUUGAAAGUAACAUGAUUGGAGAACUUCAGGAAACAAGAUAGCAUAGAAAAUGUGUCCAAAGACAAGAACACAGAAAGAACAGGAAUUUAUGUACAGAGCUCAUGGUGAAAAAAAGAAACUGAGACAAUGAAAAAGCAAAAGAAGGGGCUACAGAUAUGAUGGAAGCAGCAGAGACAAGUAGAGCUUUUAUUCCAUAGGGUGUAUUACAAUCAUCUCACCAUUUCAAAUGUAGACCUUAAUGAUAUUGCAAAAGAAAAAUACUUUAUAUUGGGUUUUAAGGGAAAUGCACAAAGUCAAUGUAAAUUUGUUUAGCUUAGGAAGUAUGUUGGCAAGGCCAGCUUCAUUAGGAGCUAGAUAGAAGUAUUGCAGUAGAAAUUGAGUUGUAUGCUUCAUCCUCCUCUUUCUCUUCCCUAUUGCUGAUCAUAUUUGUCCUUUUUCUUUUUAAAAAUUUGGUUGUCAGAGAAUGACUUAUUUUCCAACACUGAGGUCCCCGAAAUGGGAUACACACAACACAAUGUACAAGACCAUCUAUUGGGGUGAUGAGAAAAUAAUCUUCCAUUUAUAUUUUUACUUUUAAUAAAAAUUAAUUAAAUUUCGCUAAUGUUUAAUAUGUGUAUUUAUAGUGGGAUCCUCCCUCACUUGGUGGACACCAAGUAGUCACAUACAGUUUCCUGAAGGCAAAGUCGGAGUUCCACUCUCCCAAAAAGGAGAACAGAGGUACUUUUCAGCAAAUUGCUUCAGACUGUAGUUUACAUGUGUCCAGUUUCAAGGAAUUUAUUAACUACCAGUUUUAAUUAAACUAGCUCUUUUAAAGUAGGUAAGUGGCUUAAAAUGUUUUACAAAGAAACUGCUAAUGAAGAUAAUACCAGUACUGCAAGAACAAGCAAAUGAGAAGAAAAAAGCUAUGAGCUUCAAGUCAGCCGCAUACCAGGUAAAAAUAAUGAUCUAAUCAUCAAGAUCAAGUCCAUUUGAAAUAUGGACUUGAAUCCACUAUCAGUAACAGUGAACCUUGCCCUAAUGUUAGCCAAAGCAGGUCCUGCCCAGUGCGGCUUCUCAAUGAAGACACGCCUAGGUGAGGAGGAGAAAGAUUGCUUAUUGCAAGCGAGCAGGGAAGGAGCAAGGAGGCACGGCCCUCAAAUCAAGCUCCCUGAACAAAGGGAGACAGAAGCUUUUAUACUGUCCUUCACAAGGAAGUGCAUACAAACUUUGACUACAUAGGUUUUCAUGCCGUGCAGGUGCAGUAAGACAAAUUGCCAAAUUGCUUUUUUUUCUCUCCCCCUUAGUGUGUGCAGAAAAUGGCAGAUAACUCCCGCCCUGGGCAGAGAUUUUAAUAUUCAAUUCGGUUGUAAUGAGUAUUAAAUUAGGACACUUUUGAAUCUAGUCAACUGAUUUUGUUUGGUUUUGGCUGGUUUAAGGCAGAAACUGAGUUAUGGGCAAUGCCCAAGGCCUUGACAAUAAUUGACAGGAGGAGCAGGUCUUGCUUUAUAGUGGCUGAAUAGCUGCUGGCUGCACUGGCUAUCACUAAGAGUGUAUUGAUUUGUCAACUAAUAAUAGCAUGAAGUCAUAAUGACUAGAGAAACAUUUAAAAAUAUUCUCAGUUAAUUUUUGUCUCACCUUUAAUUUCUAUAUGUAUUUUUUUAACACACACAUACAUACUAUGAUGUUUGCAUAUAAUGAAAUGUUAAUUCAAAGAUUGUGAUUUACUGUGAACAAUGUUCAGCUGUCUUAAAAAAUAGCAUUCAAGAAACUACUCAGAUUUUGUUUUUAAAUGUAUUAUGUUCUAGAUUUUUUUAUAAUGUAAAACCCAAGUAAUUUAGAAAUGAAAAUUAAAUGUUAUUUCAUGAUGGCAUCUUAGUUGGCUACAUGAGUUACAAACUUGAUAUAAUCCUCAUGAGCCUUUUGAAUCUCUAGAUAUGCAAAGUACUCAAAUUCAAAUAACUAUGCUUAUGAGAGUGGAAUUUUCAAGGUGACUCCUAGUUUACCUCAACAUCAAUCUAAAAACAAGAUUAUUUUUUGGCCAGAAAAUCAACUUCAGAAGCUCAGAGACUAGAAUACCCAAUAGAAAUUGCAUUUACUUUCCUGUGAUUCUAUCCCAAAGGAUCUACUGUGAAGAAUUAUAUUUUAUUUUUACAUAUUAUGUUACACAUAAAAAUAUAGUGUAAAAUUGUUAUAUAAGUAUUAUGUAUAUAACAGUUAUUCCUCCAAAGUGCUAACUCAUUUAAUUAAAGAUUAAAAUAUUAACUGCCACGUACUGUGUUAGACUGAAUUACCUUUGGUACAUGUAAAUCACUUAAAACAUUUCUUAAGCAAUUAAAAAAAGGAAAAAAUCCUGUUAUCUCCAGGUUUGUAUAUUUUUCUGUUUAAUCUCAUUAAAAAAUGGAGUAACUCUUUUGAAAUGUGGCCCCAAAUUACAAAACUAACUGAAAGGAAUUUUGGUUGCUAAACACUUGUGUUUCUGGGAAUGUGUUACAAAAUAAGAACAUGAUGUACAUUUAAGAUUUAAGCCAGAAGGUUUUACAUCAUGUGGAAAAGCCACCUUUUCACUUUGUGUUUUUUAAAACUUAAAGAGUAAUUCUUAAUAAUAUGCCAAACAGUGCUCUCCAAAGCAAAGUAUGGCUACAAAGAAGUCAUUUGCUUUCAGAUUUUUUACCAGUUAUGGUAUCUGUAAAUUAUUGAUUAAAUAUCACUUCAAAUGAAACAUUUCAUUGUUGUUAGAUGCCGUCAAGUUGGUUUUGACUCAUAGUGGCCCUAUGUACAACAGAACAAAACACUGCCCAGUCCAUCCUCACAAGUGUUGCUGUUUGAGCUCAUUGUUGCAGCCACUGUGUCAAUCCAUUUAGAACUCACUACAAGUGUUCCACCUACUCUCAUUUUAGUCACUUAUUUUUACCUCUUUAACUGAAUUUGGAAAUAAUAACAUUUAAUAAAUAUUUUCUGCUAAUUUGAUAAUCAAACAUCUUUCUAUAUUUCCUUCAUAUAACUAAAACAUUCAUCAGGAAUUUCUUAUUGUAGAAUAACAAAUGGGUUUAAAAAAAAAAUCUUUGUGUUAUACAUUUAAAUGAAUUAUACACUUACAUGAAUGUUUUGUGACUACUGCUGUUGUGCUGUGUAUAUUUUUAUUUCUUUUAUUCACUUGCUAGAAAAUUUCCAUGGAAAAUACUAACUGUUCAGAGAUACGUACUAAAGGCCAACCCUGUGGUUCGCAGUAACCAUAGCAAUAACUGUCCUAAAAAUAAGUAGUGCUUGUAUCAGCACAGAUGGGAUCAUCUUACCAAGGAAAAAUUAGGUUCACAGGCAGCAGUAUCACCUGGACCAGAAAAUCCCACAUGAUAGUAACGUAAUACAAUAUAGUAUGAGCGUUUAAUAAAAUAUAAACCCAAAAAUCAAACCAUUGCCGCUGAGUCAAUUCUGACUCACAGCAACCAUAUAGGACAGAGUAGGAAACCAUAGUUUCCAAGGCUGUAAUCUUUACAAAAACAGACUGCUACAUCUUUCUCCCACUGAGCAGCUGGUGAGUUUGAACCACUGACCUUUCGAUUCACAGCUAAGCACUUAGCCACUGCGCCCCCAGGAUUCCUAAUGCAAAUAUAAGGGCUUAAAAUUAGAUCUUAUAUUCAGACCAGGCCUCCUAUUGAAGUGUAAUUAGAACCUAAAAUUGUAUUUUUAUAAUUUAGGAAUUUCCCACAUGGAAACAUGUCACAAUUCACAAAUUUAACAAUAUAGGGAUUUAGCUCAAGGUAUUAAUUUCUUUAUUCAUGGCCCAUAAAUGCUUCCUUAUAUUUGAUCUGGGCUUAUCAGCAAUUAUAAUUGAUAUAAUUUCUAUAUUUAUAGGUAAUCUUUUGAAAGAUAAUUUUUACAACCUUAAACCCUAUUUAAAAACAAACCAGUUACUGUCAAAUCGAUUCUGACUUGUGGCUACCCCAUGUGUGUCGGAAUAGAACCACACCCCACAGAGUUUUGAAUAGCUGGUUUUUCCGAAGUAGGUCACCAGGCCUUUUUUCUGAGGAGCUUCUUGAUGGACUCAAACCUCCAAUCUUUCCAUCAGCGGCUAAGUGCUUUAACCGUUUGCCCCGCCUGUGGAUUCCAUACAUAUUUCUAUGAUAACAUUUAUCACCAAACCAAAAAACAAAACCCAUUGCUGUUGAGUCAAUUCUGACUCAUAUUGACCCCAUAGGACAGAGUAGAACAGCUCCAUAGGAUUUCCAAGGAGUGGCUGGUGGAUUUGAACUGCCAACCUUUUUGGGUCCCAGCCGUAACACGCCAUGGCUUUUAACUACUGCCCCACCAGAGCCCCACACUUAUCAAAAUGCAUUAUAAUUAUUCAUUUUCUUGUCUGACUACCUCAUUACAGCAUGGUCUCCAUGAAGACAGGUACUGUUCCUGGGUAAUAAGCAUUUAGGAAGUGUCUAUUGAAUGAAUGAGUUCAUAAAUAGAGAUCCGAAAAUAUAGGUGAGGUAAUAGAGAUAAUUCAUCACACAUUAAUACCUCAUUUUAUUAAUCUAUAACGUUUUGGAGAAAAUGAAGGAUUAUGAAAACACAUAUUUUCUAGUAUCUAAGAGACGUCAUGGAUUCCAAUUGCAUGUCAGAAAACAGAUCAUUUAUAAAAGGGCUGUGAUGAUGACCUGGGCACAGAUUCUGGAAUUGGAAGACACUUUUCCCCACCCCAUGGCAAGGACAUUAGCACCAAGAUAGGCCUAAGCCUUCUGGCACAUGCUACAUAACUUUCCCUUGUUUGAUCAUGAAUUGUGAUAAAAAUAACCCAAAGAACCCAGUUGCAGUCAAUUUCAACUCAUAGUGACCCCCACAGGGUUUCCAAGCCUAUAAUCUUUACAGAAGCAGACUGCCACAUCUUUCUCCCCUGGAGCAGCUGGUGGAUUCAAACCACCAACCUUUCGUUUAGCAGCUUAGCUCUUAACCACUGCAUGCCACCAGUGCUCCUUGUGAUAAAAAUACUGACCAACAAAGGUCAAGGCCAAUUCACACUAAAUGCAAUCAUGGUGAUUGCAUGCAACAAACAUCUCUCCCUCUCUCUUUUUU